AACUGAGAAGGCAUCACAAAUCGUCAAAAUCAUAUUGUGAGCAGAGCAUAUUGGCAACGAUCGCAGUUAAUUUAGAUUUAUUUUUUACAACCUACCAAACACGAGCAUAAUUUCAUAUUACGCACCGAAUCGCAUCUUUUUUAGGCUUUUGGUUCCUCAAUCUGCAAUCCAAAGCUUGACUGUUCCGUUUCCAGCUUCGAAACACCAUAAAUCCAGAAGCAACACUUCUCGUUUUCCUGGAUUAAAAAGAAAACUUUCCCUUGCAAUUUUCGAUCAGAGGUUCUCAAUUCAGGGAGCUUUGAGGGUUGAUCAUCUGUUGUGAGAAUUUUACAAAAUUUAAAAUGUUUUUUGAUGGAUAUGGAUACCAUGGUGCAUCUUUCGAGCAGACUUAUCGAUGUUACCCUGCUUCUUUUAUUGAGAAGCCUCACCUCGAAAGUGGUGAUAAAAUUAUAAUGCCUCCUUCAGCUCUUGACCGUCUUGCAUCUCUGCAUAUUGAUUAUCCAAUGUUGUUUGAACUUUGGAAUGAUGCUGCUGAGCGGGUGUCUCAUUGUGGGGUGCUGGAGUUCAUUGCAGAGGAAGGCAUGAUAUAUAUGCCAUAUUGGAUGAUGGAGAACAUGCUUUUACAAGAGGGAGACAUAGUAAAAUUGAAAAAUGUUACUCUUCCAAAGGGGACAUAUGUUAAGUUGCAACCCCACACAAAGGAUUUCUUGGAUAUCUCCAAUCCUAAAGCUAUAUUAGAAACAACAUUGAGAAAUUUCUCCUGCUUGACAACUGGAGAUAGUAUCAUGGUGGCAUAUAACAACAAAAAAUAUUACAUAGAUAUUAUAGAAGCCAAGCCUUCUAAUGCGAUAAGCAUCAUUGAGACAGAUUGUGAGGUGGACUUUGCACCUCCCUUGGAUUACAAAGAACCUGAAAAGCCCAUUGCACCACUUUCUGCUAGCAAGGCACCUGAGAAAGAGGCCCCUGCUGAAAUUGAACCCAAAUUCAACCCGUUUUCUGGAGCCGGCAGACGUUUGGAUGGAAAACCCUUAAAUUAUCAGCCGCCUCCACUUUCUUCUUCAGCAUCUGAGGACAAGAGACCCAGUGUUCUAAAUGGCAGCAAUGCGCAGUCUUCUGCAGCAUCAAGUUCACAAAGCAAGUCUCGGGAAUCCCAAGGGAAGCUUGUGUUCGGCGCUAACGCGAACCGGUCUAAUGAAACUGCAAAGGGAAAAGAACCAAAACAAGAGCCAUCUCAAGAUAAAGAAGAACCGAAAUUUCAGCCUUUCACAGGGAAGAAGUACUCGCUUCGAGGUUAACGUAAAAUCAAGUUUCUUCAAACAUGUAUUGUAAUUUGCUCGAGGGAUAAGUUAAUGGAUCGAAGGAUACAUCAAAAGGCUGUGUUGAUCGAUAAUUUGGUAGAUAAACCAGUGAGAUGCUACAAGAAGCACGAUAACUUGUGUCUUUGUCAACAAGGCUUCGGCCACUUUAAGCUUGUUUCUGGCUUAUUUAUGCUCAUUAGACUGUCCAUACCUUAAGGCAUUUAUUGGAAAGAACUCUACUCUUUUUUUUU